UAUAAGUUGAACCCUUGAACUAACCCUACUUUCUGUUUCUCUUUUCUUGUUACUGUUUUUCGACUUUUCGAAUUUUCGAGAUAUUUGUAUUAUUUGUAAUAAAAAAAUAUUUGAAGCUGCCUUGAGGAGGAAUUGCUUCCAUUUUCCACGAGAAGAAUGGCUGAGGCAAUGAAACAAACCGUAGCAUCCAUGCUCAAAGGGAUUGAAAGGUAUAAUCCUGACAACUUACCAACUCUGGAACGCUAUGUAGAAAUCCAGUCCCGUGAGAAUGCUUAUGACCUUGAAGCGAAUUUGGCUGUAUUAAAGCUGUACCAGUUCAACCCCCACAGUUUCAACAUCAGUGUAACAUGUCAAAUUCUACUCAAAGCACUCACAAAUCUUCCUCACACUGAUUUCAUACUGUGCAAAUGUCUUUUAUAUGAGAAGCAGCUCUCUCAAGAACCAAUCAACCAAAUAGUUUACCUCGCUGAUAUUCUGGAACAAUGCGACUUCCAGGUCUUCUGGACCAGAAUCCAUACUCUCCCUGAUCUUACCCAGUCGAUAACUGGUUUUGUUGACUCCAUACGCAAAUUUAUUUGCCAUGUGGUUGGUAUAACAUACCAAACCAUCGAACACAGUCACUUGGCACAGUUGCUGGGGGAUGUAGAUGACAGUACGUUGAAGUUGUGGAUUAAAAAGUAUGGGUGGAAAGAGAUGGGCAACUUGGUAUUUAUCUCCAACCAGGAUGAAAAUAUAAAAACGAAGAAUAUCAAUGAAAAGAUUGAUUUUGACAGUGUUGGUGCUAUUAUGGCUUCAUGUCGCUGAUUAUGAUAAAUAAACUUAUUAUCCCGAA